UUUCGUUUGUGUUUUCAUGUUUGUCUCGUGUCCAAGAUAAUUUAGAGUUGCUGGUCAGCUGSACCAAUCCUUCAGCCCUUAUCGAUGUCGUAAUGAUCGUAUCGUCCAAUAUAUGUGAAGCAGGUGACAYUAUUCGAUGAUCAAGGUUAAUUAGUUUGGACAGCACGCUAGCGGCAUCGCGUUUUUUCUUCCGUAGAUUAAGAAAACCUUACACAGAAGCUAUCCAGUCGAAUUCUCUCAAGAUGAACCUUCCGACAUCAACUUGUAUCAGUAUUAUUAAUCUGGAAUCAAAGAAUAUCGUUCGUAGCCACUACCUUGCCUUGUGUGCUUGUAACUCUAUCUUGGCAAUCCCAACAGCUGUUGCCAACACGCUAGUCAUCGUAGCUAUUCUCACAACACCUUAUUUGCAGACUCCUUCGUAUCUUUUACUGACAAGUUUGGCGUUUAGCGACGUUGCUGUAGGAUUUAUUGGCCAACCAGUUUUUGUAGCAGCAAUAGGAUUAUUCAUGGACGGAGAAGCAGAGAAGUAUUGCAACGUUCGGACUGUAUCUGGUGCGAUAUUGAUAGUUUUAACAAUGACUUCAGUGUUGACUGUAACUGCUAUCAGUGUGGACCGGUACCUGGCUAUACGACUCAAGAUAAGAUAUAAAGUCGUUGUUACGUCGAGUCGGACGAGGAUUCUUGUUGUCUUCCUUUGGAUUUUCUCGUUUGCAAGCCUUUUAGCUUUUCCUUUCAACAUUGAUAUUUCAGUGCUCGUUUUACUUGGUGGAAUUGGACUCUUAUUGUGUCUAAUUGUCAUCCUGUGYUCAUAUUCAAUGUCAUUUCGAUCGUUGACGAUUCACUGYGCUCAGAUCCAACCAACACCGACCGGUGAACUUCGAGCGAACUCCACAACGCCUGUCAUUGAUGUUCUCAAAUACAAAAAGCUAUUCAAAACUAUGCUUUUYAUAUUAGCAGUGAUAUUCAUUUGUUACUUGCCGAUGAUAGGGGUUUUCGCGAUCCUUUCCCGUCCAAACCCAAACAGAGCAGCAGUUUGGGGAUUUCAAACUAUAGUCUGUUUGAAUUCUACUUUAAACCCYUUUAUUUAUAUGACAAGAGUGAGAGAUAUUCGACAAGCCUGUAUGAGGAUAGUCAGAAGAAUUAUCUGUUGUUAAAAGCUCUGACUUUGUAUGAGAAGCAAAUGAUAAUUUGAUGGGGUCCGAGAAAUGUUAUCAUUUACUAAGUUGGACCUACGACAUAUGCUCUGGUAAUGGUGGAAUAGAAAGUCCCGCSAGUGGGUCUCCACAUAGUGCCGUGGAAGACAAAAUAAUGAGAAGAAAGAUUGAGCUCAAACUACCCGAGGCUGAGAAGUGUUCUGGCAUAACUGCUGAGGAAAGGCAUAUGAAAGCAAGAGAAGGUGAUGCCGCGAAGGAAAGAGUUAAAGGCUGUCAUUCGCCUUCUAUCUCAUCAGAUCAGUUCCAAAAAAGAACAGAAAUGCACAGACGGCUGUGUGACGAAAGUAAUAAAGAGCAAGGAAAAAGACAACAAUGACAAACGUUUAGUUACAGGACGCGUUGCAGUUUGUGAUCUUACUGACGAAUUCCUGCAGGAAAGGCUUUCCACCCAAAGUAAUUGAUUAAGAUUUUUAG